CGGGUAGCGCGCGCUGCUGGUGCUGAGGGCAAAAAUAAUGUAGAAGGAGGGGUAACUGGAGGAAGGACUAUGUGCCCAACUUGUACACUUUAAGGGCAAUAAGAACACGCUGACUACCCCGCAAUGCCACAGGGGAAGAACAAGAGAUCUGGUGAUAAAAUAUAUGCAUUUUUCCCUGGUGAAGAACCUUGGCACGGAGGAAAAAAACCUGCGUUGGAGCCGGUACUGGAGCCGGUACUGGAGCCAUCGUCCAUCAGCAGAGCUUGGGAGAGAUGUGGGGACGGAUUUCAAAGUGGUCAAGCAGAUGAGGUUCCCUCAUGUUCUGAAAAUAAACCAAAGGCUGUACGUCAUUUGAUGAAAUCCCUUUUAUCUGAGAAAGAAACCUCAGUGACUGAUAGCCCAAAGGAGCCUGCAGUCAUUUUGUGGAGCGACAGUGAUUUGUCAAAUGAUGGGAGCAAAGAUAGCAUUGAAAGAUCCUCUCAGCAAACAGACCAGGUCUCCUACCCAAAUAUCUGUGCUCCUGAGGAGAGUUCUAGUGAAGGUGAUGUCCCUCAGAUCAUUGAUUGGCAGGAAGACAGUGAUUAUGAGGGUGAAGAUGAGAAGUACAGUUUAUUUGAGAUGGCUGAAAGUACACUAGAAAUAUCAGAUUGUGAAUCAUCUACAAGUAAUAUCGAUGGUUCCCAGACGCUUAAGACUACAACUGUGGAGAUAUCAGAAUAUUCCUCGGACAAUUCCCUAGAGGAUACGCUUAUGUCAGCUAGUGGGUCAAAAUUUCCAUUAAAUGAUGAUGGAGGUGCCACUUUAGUUGGAAGAUCUGCAAGUGAUUGGGUAAAGACAGCACAAGCUCUGCUUCAGACACCUGAAAAAAAAUUAGACAAACCUUGCAAGACCCCAGAGGAUUCAGCCAAGAAAAAAAGAAGGUUCCUCAGGGGAGGCUUAGCAGAGAGGCUCAACCGGCUACAGAAUAGAGAGAGGUCUGCAGUUAGCUUUUGGAGGCAUCAGUGUGAAUCUGAAUGCAAGAUGCCUUUAGGUUCUAAACCGGGAACAUUGACAGUAAAGAUAAUUGAGAUUCAUGAGGAGUGUUUGAUGCAGGUUGCUCUGUGCCAGCAGUUGACACCUGAUGAAUCAUUCUUUACAGGCAGUCCUAUAAAGGUUCUUUUUGCUCAGCAAACCGUGGCGCAUCUCAGACCAGCACCAAAUGACAUCAUUCAUAUCUCUACACCCUGGCAAAAGCUUACUCUUCAAAAUGAAAACAUAUCUGUCAUCUUGAACACACACUUUAGCCAAAAAAAUAUUUUGAAUCAGAACGAGGAAGCAAAAAAGAGAACAUACUGUUCUGAGGUAUCAACUGUAAAAAGAAAACCUGUAUCAUUGUCUUGGAUAUUUAAGAUUAAUGACAUUGGAUUUAAAUGUCAUUCUGACUCUGUAGUGAAUCGGCAGACUUAUAUCAAUCAAGGAAAACGCUGUUCAUCAUGUCCUACCAUAAAUGACUCCCUGCUGGACGUGAUAGAAACCCAAGGUGCUGCAGCAUGGAAAGGAACUUGCAGAAGUAUUGUUGUCCAACGUAUUUACUGCCUUCCCAUCAAGGAAAGUCGCAUUCUCCAAGGAAGCAGUAAACAAGUUUCCACCCAAGAAAUGUCAGGAUGCAGAUUAUGCUUUCUUAUCCAGGAUGCUUAUGGGAUAUUCAGUGAAUUGUACUUACAGUCUUCAAUCUCUUCUGCUGAUGAUCUUGAGCAAUACUGUAAGAAAUGGGAAGGAAAAAUGUGUCGUCUCUCUGGCAUGAAAAUCUUACAGAGGACCACUAGGGCAAGGGCCCCAGGACUUUUCAGUCUGAUUGACAGUCUCUGGCCUCCUUUGGUACCUGUCAAGGUUCAUGGACAAAGUCAGGCACAGAUGCAGAGAAAUCUUCCAGCUCCUAGCUUCUGCUACCUUCUUGCUGCAUAUCAUGAUGAGGGAAGUGAGUGUAUUCAAGUAGAAGCGGAUACCUGUGACUUUUACCUGCCACCUGUUGUGCACAGUCUUAGAGAUGUUCUCCAGGUUGUUAGUCCCAGUCAGCGCUGCACAUUUUGGGGAACAGUAAUCUACAUGAGACCUGAGCAGAUCCAGUAUGGCCUUUCUUCCCAACAAGAGAUUAGUCUGUUUGUGACUGACACAACACUACAGGAGGCACAAGACUGUCCUAGAACUCUGCCUGUGUAUGUCUCCCCCUCCUGUGUACUGGACAGUAGACUUCUACAGCACUUCACAAAAAAGUCACGCUGUGCUAUCUGCUUUAAGGAUGCAGUCAGAGAAAAUGGCAAGAUCAUUUGUGUUGAGCGCACCGUUCUCUCAUUACAAAACCCCCUUUUAUCCGGUGCUUCUGGCGUUAAUGAGCUGACUGACCCUGUUAAACUGGAUGUGUUGGAUUCCACGACUCAGGUGAACUCACUCUGCUCUGUAAAAGGUGUUGUUGUUGGCGUUAAUGAGAGAACUGCUUUUUCCUGGCCAGUGUGUAAUCAAUGUGGGAGCAGCAAACUGCAGCCUGUGGAUGGAGGGACAUUUUUUUGCAGACAGUGUACUCAGGCUUUAAACUCUCCAGUCAUGAAGAUGAAGCUGGAAGUAUUCCUGCAAUGUUCAACAAGACCGCAAUGCAAAUUAAAAGUCAAGCUGCAACAAGAAACCAUUUCUCACCUUCUGUUGUUUUCUUCCAGUGAAGAUGGGCGUUAUGAGGUGAACAGCGUUCUGGGAAGAGAGGUUGGAGCACUGAAUUGCUAUGUCCAAUCAGUAAAUAACACUGUUGGGUUGGAAGAAAUCUGUAUUCUAAACACAGGAAGCUGAAAGAUGUGUCAGCUGUUUAAACCACACUGGACUUUGUCAUUUAAGUUAUUAGUUAACUACCUUCAGCAAGAUAAUGUUUUAAGCAGAUAUUGUAUGCAAUAAAAUUGUUUAUUAAAUUGAAUAAAGUUAAUACAUUACCCAGG